AUGGCGCGAAAAAGAAAGAAUAUUGAUCGCUUCCCGCAGUCGAGCGAGCCACCGCGAAAGAAGCGUGUUUCCACAACGCCUCUACCUGAUGGCGUCCAUCAUUACCAGGAGGUGGACGAAGUGCCGUGUGAUCUACAGAAAUAUUGGCAUCAAGGUUAUUCCAUCUUUUCCAAGUAUGACGCUGGUAUCUGGAUGACCGAUGACGCUUGGUACGGCGUGACACACGAGUCGGUCGCAAAUAAAAUCGCCUUGCAUAUGGCCGAAGUGGCACCUCCCAAGAGAUCCAUCAUCAUCGAUGCCUUCUGCGGUGUUGGUGGAAACACCAUUGCUUUCGCCCUCUCCGGAAAAUGGAAGAGAGUAUACGCCAUCGAGAAAGACGCGGCGACUUUGGCCUGUGCCAAGCAUAAUGCAGAAAUCUAUGGUGUAGCUGACCGCAUCACCUGGUUCCAUGGCGACUGCUUCGAGAUCCUGGGCGCCAGCGGGAAGACGGAGAAGACGGUGGAAGCCCUCACUGCGAUUACUGGUCAAUUUGGGGUCAUUUUCGCCAGUCCACCGUGGGGAGGCCCCGGCUACCGCACCGCGGAUGUGUUCGAUCUCGAAUCAAUGCAGCCAUACAGCUUCAGCUACAUCUACGACUCGUUUAAGAAGCUGACCCCGAAUCAGGUGUUGUACCUGCCUAGGACGAGUGAUUUGCGGCAGAUCGCUGCGAGAGUGGAACGAGGCAAGAAGACACAGAUUGUGCAUUACUGUACGAAUGGCACCAGCCGAGCCUUGUGUGCGUACCUUGGAGAUUGGGCGCCCUUGAAGUUGUGA